AGGUGCUGCCGAAGCUCUCCCCCGAGAACCUGCCGCGCACGCUGCGGCCGCCCGAGCUCGCCGCCCUGCUGACCGUCCUGUCGAAGGGCCGGCACCGCUACGUCGACGACCUGCCGAGCGCGCUGCUGCGGCGCCUGUGCCGCCGCGGCCCGAAGGAGCUGCUGAAGGAGAGUGCGCGCCCUUCCCGCCCGCGCUGAUCAUGCACGCCAUCCAGAAGCUGGACAAGCAGCACCGCGAGAGGUGGGACAAGGACCAGGGGCAAUGCUGCUCCAACAGUCCCGGCCGCCCUGGACAUGCACGCCGUGGACGACCGGCCGCGCGCCACGCUGCGGACCGCGCAGCAGGCGCUGUAUUCCGCGGCGCGGCGCCCCUUCGACGACCGCCUGCGCGAUAGCUGCCUGAUCGUGCAAUCCGCGGCGCUGCGGCUGCAGGUCGAGCUCGCCGAGGGGUCCGUGCUGUCGCUGGACAGCAGCGCGUUCACGCCCUUCGCGCAGAUGAGCGCGUGGCUGGCGCACCUGGUGGUUACCGCCCAGCUGCCGCCGGAUGUCCGCCCGGAGGUGCUGGCGGCGUUCAAGAAGCUGGCGGCCGCGUGCGAGCAGCUCGGGAAGUCGCCGGACACCGCGCCUUGCGACCCGGAGGGCCUCUGCCGGCUCGCGAUGUCCGUUGCGCUGGUGGUGCGCGAGGAGAGGAAGAACGGCGCCAGCUUUGCGCCCGACGCCCUGGAGGGGCUGGCGCGCGUCUGCGUCCAGAAGGCCAUGGCCGAGUCCCAGCCCCUCGCGGACUGGAGCCCCAACUUCAUCGCCGUGCUCGCGAGCGCGUUUGCCGCCGCGGACGUGCCGCACGAGGGCCUCUUCAAGAGAGUAGGCGCCCUGGCCGAGAGGUUCUCGUCGAUGGGGAAGCAGUGGAAGACCGAGGACCUGCUGAAGCUGCUGCACGCGGCCUUCGCGCUCAAGCAGCUGAAGAGCCUGGAGCGGUUCCUGCGGGGUCUCCAGGCGGACCGAGGCCUCGAGAAGCUCCUGAAGGAGGCGACGCCGCGGGACCUGCCGAUGCUCUUCGACGUCCUGGCCGUCAUCAAGGCCAGCCAGCUGCUGGUGGAGGUGUGCCGCAGCCAGAAGGACAAGCUCAAGGGGGAGAAGCUGCCCGCCCUGGUUGCCAUCCUCAAGGACUUCCCCCCGGACUCUGGGAUGCCCCCCGCGGUGCUGUCCUUCAAGUCGACCGUGCUGCGGGAGGCCGUGGGCAGGGCGGCCCUCAAGGCCCCCUCCGCGGCAGAGCUGCAGCUGCUCGUGGACCAGGCGGCGGCCGACGGCAAGGCCACCAGCCGCCUGGCCGAGCUGUCCUCGUCCCCGGCGCUGCUGACCUCCCUGUCGUCCGUGGACUCGGCGUGGAAGGACAUCCGCGCCGCCAUGACGGGCGCGCUGGGCCCCUUCCUCGGCGCCGGCGUGGAGGUGCCGCGGCUGGAGGCGUGCUGCGCCACCAAGCUGGUGCUGGCGCUGGAG